CCCACCUUGAUAUGCUGCUGGAUAAUAAUACCCGCCUCUCGGUUCACUUUGAAAUAGUUGAUCAAACACGGUUUUUCCGCUGAUAGAAGCCAUCGUACAUAGCAUGAUAACAAUAUAUGAAAAUAGAAUGUACAUUUUCUAUUUUUGCACGAUACGGGAAAUAAAAAGAUCUGACUUUGAAUGAGACGAUUUCAAAAUAUGUUGUGCUACUUAUGAGAUUUUUGUAACCUUGCGCUAUUUUGAAAAAUAUUGCUGUCGCGAGCUACAACUGAUAACAACUGAUUUAAAAGUGAAAUUGAGUAAACUUGACGUUAUCCAACACUGCGUGCCGGUGUACAACAGCUGACAGCACUGUCCCGAGUUUGAGUUUCUUUUGUUUUAGUUUAUAAAAUUGGCGGAAUAUAUAAAACUACGCAUAACAUGAAUCGCACCGAGCAGACGUUUGAGGAUCUCAAGUCGUACUUUCGAUCCCACAGUAAAAUACGCGAGCAGCGGCCACACAUGUCAAAGGUGCAUUCGGUGUGCUGGAACGCAAAUGGCUGUCACUUGGCUUCCGGAUCAUUUGACAAAACUGUCGCUGUUUACGCCUUGGAGCGCGAUCGCUUUGUCAAGAGCAACGUCUUUCGCGGCCACACUGCGUCCGUGGACCAAUUGUGUUGGCACAAAACGAAUCCGGACCAGUUCAGCACGGCCAGCGGCGACAAGACUGUGCGCAUUUGGGACAUACGGGUUGGCAAAUGUGUUUCAGUUACCAACACCAAGGGCGAAAACAUAAAUAUCGCCUGGUCACCGGACGGUAAGACAAUUGCUGUGGGCAACAAGGAGGAUUUGAUAACAUUCAUAGACACGCGCACAAACAAAAUACGUGUGGAGGAGCCCUUUAGCUUUGAGGUCAAUGAGAUAUCGUGGAACAACACGAACGAUUUAUUCUUUCUGACUAAUGGCAUGGGCUGCAUGCACGUACUUAACUACCCCAGCCUAGAGCACCAGAUGACGCUAAAGGCACAUCCCGCCAAUUGUAUAUGCAUUGAAUUCGGACCGACAGGCAAAUACUUUGCGACGGGAUCGGCGGAUGCGCAGGUUUCGCUCUGGGAUGCCAACGAAUUGGCCUGCCUGCGCAUGAUUAGCCGCUUGGAGUGGCCCGUGCGUACCAUAUCUUUUAGCCAUGAUGAGCGACUCAUAGCCUCCGCCAGCGAGGAUCUGGUCAUAGACAUUGCCUACACAGAGACGGGCGAGCGAGUCACCGACAUUCAUGUGGACGCGUCCACCUUCACGGUAGCAUGGCAUCCCAAGCAGUAUUUGCUGGCCUAUGCCUGUGACGAAAAGGAAACUAUUGGUGAUAGGCGUCGUGAUGUUGGUAACGUGAAGAUCUAUGGAUUUCCCGAGUAGCUCCGGAUUUCAAAUAAUACAACUAUAAGAAGUAUGCGUGUUUUUUGACUAGUAACAAUUCAUACAAUUUGCGCAUAUUCAACGCAUUCAUUUAGAUAUUAAUGACUGUCUAAAACAUUGAACGCAUUUAACAACCAUCAUGUUCUUGAUUGUUUAUAUUAAGCAAAUAAUGUAGGGAAAAUAAAAA